CUUAAAUCCGUAUCUAGGCACCUCGAGUUGGCUCAACAAACUUGUCUUUCUCUCACUUUCUUUUCUUUUCUUUUCCUCUUCUUUUAUGUCUAUCCUCACUUUAUUUGUUGACACGUCUGAUGAAAACGUUAGCACGGAAAGACGUUUUGAUAAGGGAUUAACUAUCUCACAACUUAAGUACAAACUUGAACCUAUCACGGGUAUCCCUUAUUCUACACAAAAAAUCGACUUAUACCAAGGAAACCACUUACUGGGAACAUUGGAUGAUGAGACCAGAAUGUUGGGCUCAUACCCUGCUGAAGACUACAUGCGACUGCAUGUGGUAGAUACCAAUCCUCAUCGCGUCAAAAACCAAUAUACCGAUGUAUCACUUGUAGAAAAGUUUGAAUUAACAGACGAUCAAUACGAGAAAAGAUCAGAUACCGUCAGAGCAUUCAAAGAACGCAACAAACUCGGUCGGUUCUCGGAUGAAGCAGCAGCGAAGGAAGAAGCCAUUGAGAAAGCAUACGAAAAAGCAGCUAGUGGCAUCAAAGUCGGAGACCGUUGUGAAGUAUUGGGUGAUGAUGAAAGUGUGCGUCGUUUAGGCACAGUUCGAUUUGUGGGUGAGACCAAGUUUCAGCCAGGACUUUGGGUGGGUAUUCAAUACGAUGAACCUUUAGGCAAGAAUGAUGGUAGUGUACAGGGUGAAAAGUACUUUUCAUGUCCACCAAAAUAUGGUGGUUUUGUACGUCCUACAAAGGUCAAUGUUGGCGAUUUUCCUGAAGAGGAAUUAUUAAUGACGGACGAUGAACUUGAAGAAAUGUAACAAUAAAACCCUUUACAUGUCAAAAAAAAAAGUCUCGGCAGUCACAUUCUGUUCUUUUUUUUUUUAAGAGAAAAAAGAAAAAAAAGAAAAA